AUGGCUACGUUUGAUUUGGAAGAAUUCGUGGCUGAGCCAACGCACGUGGCGUUGGAGUUGUGUAGGAAAGUAGAUUUGCUGGAGAUAGCGCGACACUAUGCAAUCCCUGUGUCCCCUGCGUUACGCGUGGGUGAGCUGAGGGAGGCUAUACUGGCAGAGUUGGUGGCCAACGGGGUUGUGGUAUUGCCUGUGUCAAGCGAUCCAGUGGCAGGAGCGGCAGUGGGAGAUGCAGUGGUGUCCCCCAUGCGUCCUGGUGGAGAGCGCGUGGAGCAGCCGCAGCUGGGCUCUCCCGCGGCGCUGUUUGAGGAGGCUGAGAAGUCUCCUGGUUUAGGGUUGCGCUCCCCUCGCGAUGUACGCGUGGAUGUGCGCAUUGCUCGUCUGAAGCACGAGAGGGAAAAAGAGGCUGAGCAAGAGGCUGAGCAAGAGGCUGAGCAAGAGGCUGAGCAAGAGGCUGAGCAAGAGGCUGAGCAAGAGGCUGAGCAAGAGGCUGAGCAAGAGGCUGAGCAAGAGGCUGAGCAAGAGGCUGAGCAAGAGGCUGAGCAAGAGGCUGAGCAAGAGGCUGAGCAAAGACUCAGGUUCCGUCCGGAGGCUGAGGAGACCCUGGCUUUUAAUGUAUGUCCAACCCAGAUCAACGGCUGA